AUGGUUUGUGAUGGACCGGAUCCACCCGACGACUCCCCUCAAAACUUAAUACCACCUCCCAGACAUGAAUUGAUCGCAAAUGGCACUCAUGACGAUAGUGAUGACGAACAAAAUGAACAUUUUGGUUACGAACCGUUGCCACAAGGUCCAGAUGCCGUGCUUUCUGACCACGACAGCGAAGAUGAAACAGAAGUAUUACACAACAACACAUUAACACCACCACAAAAUGUUCCUACAAUAGAGCCAAUGGAAAAUGUUAUAUCCAGAGAGGUUUGGAGUAUGCCAAGAUCUAAUGACCCUAUUCAAAUGGACACUGAAAGAGCAGAACAGGUAAUGUCAUUAAUGGCCAACUUUGCCCUUCCUCAAGAUUCUAUACCAGAAUGGGCACAAAGUAUAUCAGAAGAGCAGUGGAAGCAAACACUUAAUGAUAGAAUAGAAAAAUUACGAAGUAACAGA